CAUUCUCAACGCGAGUGAUAGGGAAAGCAUCUAUGUACGACUACAUGAAUAUUAUUGACAAUAUGUGCUUGAGCAUUCAUGUAUCCAUCCUCGCCUGAUAUACCAACAUCUUUUGAUCCAGCUAUUCAUUUGCAUUCCGAAGUCGACACGCGUCUGCCAUCUGAAAACCACUCUGACGAGAUCGAAGCCCAGCUGCAACAGAUAGAGGAGACCAGGAUCACGAAAAACAGAGAAGGCAUUGUGAUUCAGCAUCGCGCUUGGAGAUCUGUUGACGCAUUUCGGAGUGAGGAAGACUAUAUAUUUGAUACACCAACGAGAACGCGGGUGAAGCGUGCGAGUAGCAACAAAAGUAGCAUCUUCCCGUCCUCCCCACCGACGAGAACUAUGCCGUUCAUCUCGUCUCCAGUAGCUUAUCCAGCGACCUCGUCUCCAGCUGCGCACUCCCCCAGGAAACGAAGGAAGCUUGGGGACGAUGGGAAACCAUCUAGGAGUCCAUUGGAUGUAGUCGAUGCCAACAAGCGUCAAACCGCCGGGCCUUUUCUAGAGGAGGACGACGAUGACUCGGAAGAAGAUUCAGAUGACCUAAAAGCCAGGCUCGGCAAACGCAAAGCGGUGCAAUUCACGCAUAAAAGCUCUCCCCCACCUAUGGAUCCUGCCCAGGUUAGUCAGCCCAGUGAUGUGGUUGAAGCAGUCGAAUCAGUCGCGGAGAUAGCGUCAACAGCGAAUCGUGAGGUAGCGCCUACCGAGACUCGACAUGGAGGGCUUCAGCUGGCGAAAGCGACGACUGAAUCAGGCCGAAUCGUCUCUAUUGCAGAGAGAAGAAAGAAGACUGCAAAAACGUAUGAGCAAAUAAUCGCCUCGCGAUCCAAUUAUGCUCCAGGAGAAGCCCGCCAAUGCUACUAUGGUCUGAACAUCCACCAACUGAUGGAUGACGCUAAUCGUGAGGACGCUUCGAAGGCGGAAGCUGCGAGACUACAUAGUCUCGAAGAGCCUCUGCCAUCCAUAGAACAAGCUGCACCAACAAAGCCGAAGCGAACCCUAAUGUGGACCGAAAAGUACCGAGCAAAGAAGUUCACUGAUCUUGUGGGAGAUGAAAGAACCCAUCGCUCAGUCCUCCGCUGGCUCAAAGGCUGGGAUUCGAUCGUGUUCCCCGGUUCCAAUAGGCCAAAGCCAAAAUCGCGCUCAGGAGUCCAUGCUGAGACUGAAGAGCAGAGAUACAGGAAAAUUCUGCUGCUUACGGGACCUCCGGGCCUGGGCAAGACUACUCUAGCACACGUUUGUGCACGACAGGCUGGAUACGAAGCAAAGGAAAUCAAUGCCAGUGACGAGCGCAGUAAGGACGUUGUAAAGGGGCGCAUUCGUGAUAUGGUGGGAACCGAGAACGUUCGAGGCAUCGAUUCGAAUACCGCAGACGGCAAAGUACGCAAAGCAGGCCGUCCGGUGUGUGUCAUCGUUGAUGAGGUUGAUGGUGUAGUGGGUGGCAGUGGUGGAGGUGGAGAAGGGGGCUUUGUCAAAGCUCUGAUCGACCUAAUUCACCUUGACCAGCGAAAUGCGAACGUAAUUAAUUCACAGACUCCAGCUGCCACGCCAGCAGCACGGAAGAAAAAAGGUGAUAAGUUCAGACUUUUACGGCCUAUCAUUUUGAUCUGCAACGACCUCUACCACCCAUCCCUUCGACCUCUGCGACAGAGCUCCCUGGCAGAAGUCGUCCACAUCCGGAAACCACCAUUGGGUAUGGUGAUAUCUCGCAUUCACUCCGUUUUCGAAAAAGAAGGUAUCCCGUGCGAUUCGGAUGGUGUUCGGCGCUUGUGCGAGGCAACUUGGGGAGUCAGUAACCGUAAAGAAGGUGGCAAUGGAACUGGAACUGGCGAAGGCGACAUACGCAGCGUCAUGGUAGUUGGUGAAUGGGUUGCAGGCAAACUUCGUGCAUGUGUGGACAAAGGCGAGAUGCGUCUGACGAAGAAAUGGGUGGAGGAGCACAUACUGGGUGACCUUGGCCAUGGGGGUGGCGCUGCUCGCUCCUUAGGACGAGGAGGAGCUCGUGAGGUCGCAGAGAGAAUCUUCCAGGAAAACGCUGGAUUCCCGAAGACGACUAUGGUGGCUCCUGUCGACAUUGAUCCCUUCGCGCCUGAAAGGGAUGGCCCAGUAGGUGUCGCCGAAGCAAACAAGAGUCGUGCCAUGCAGCGCCUGCGAGAAAUGGUGGAUACGAGCGGCGAUGCUGACAAGAUUGUCGCAGACUGUCACUCCAACUACGCGACUUAUCCUUACCAAGAUGACACCUUCCUCACCAAACCCAACACCGCCUACGAGUGGCUCCACUUCCACGACAUAAUCAGCUCCUCUGUGCAUACUAGCCAAGAGUGGGAACUCGCACCGUACCUCUCUCAAACGCCCCUCGCCUUCCACCAUCUGUUCGCCUCCUCUACCACCCGCCUGGCCCAGAACACACGCACAAACGACACCACCUCCCUAUCCGAUAGCGAGCCGCUCCCCUUCACCGGUCCUACCGCCCCUUACUCCGCAUCCGAAGCCCUCAAAGCAAACAAAGCCUCCCUCUCCGCCCUCCACGCCUCCUUGUCCCUCCCACUAACCCGCACAUUUCGCUCUCCGGCCACCCUCGCAACCGACCUCCUGCCGUACGUCACCCGCAUGCUAGCCCCAGACGUCAAGCCCGUCAUUAUUCAAUCUGGCUCAUCAGCCACAUCCAAGUUCAGCAACACAAGCACAGCGUCCGUGCGGCGCGGCGCAGAAAAGCAACUCGUGGCGCGCGCCGUAAAUGCCAUGAUCGCGACGGGCGUGCGGUUCGAGCGCAGUCGCGUCGAGUACGAUGCCGCAGCCGGACCUGGCACGCGCGCUGACUGGGUGUUUCGCAUGGAGCCGCCGCUGGAUGCACAGGCGGUGUUUGAGACGCUGGGUGGUUGUGCCGGGGCGGAGGCAAAGGUGCGGUUUGCGGUCAGGCAGGUCCUGGAGGCGGAGUAUCGGCGGGAGGUUGCGAAGAGGGAGAACGAGGAGCGGAAGAAGAGAGGUGGCAUUGUGGAUGUUGAUAUACUGAUGGAUGCCAACGCCGGAGAGGGUUUGGCGGAGAAGGUUGGUUCUGUCGUGAAGGUACCGAUGGUCAAGAAGGAUUUCUUUGGGAGGGUGCUGAGGAAGGAGGAGGAGAGGGUUGAGGGUGAUGGCGAUGGAACGUCACGGAAUAAGAAGAAGAGUAAGGAGCAUGAGAGGGCGGAAGGCCGGGUGUGGGUUAGUUAUAAUGAGGGCUUCUCGAAUGCUGUCCGGAAGCCGAUUACGUUGAAGGAGUUAUUGAGCGGUUUCUAGCACGGCAUUGUUUAUUAUCGGCACAUACACACACACUAGCGUUAUCAUAGGGCAUGACCAAGGUUAUUCACCUUUGAUUUGGUUCGCUCCCUGUAACUUAUAUGAUAAUCUUCAC